AUGUGGGAAACAUCUCUAGAAGUGGAGAUCUUUGAUGUGUGGGGUACUGAUUUCAUGGGACCAUUCCCACCUUCGCUUGGUAAUCUAUACAUUCUCUUAGCGGUGGACUAUGUAAGUAAAUGGGUAGAAGCUGCUGCAACAACUACAAAUGAUUCUCGGGUUGCAGUCAAAUUUAUUCAAAAGAAUAUUUUUUCUAGAUUUGGUAUAACGAGAGCAAUACUUAGUGAUGAAGAGAUAUCUAAUCGGGAAAUCAAGCUUAUCUUGGAGAAAACGGUGCAAUCUAAUAGAAAGGAUUGGUCUAAUAAGCUUGAUGAUGCUUUAUGGGAAUAUAGGACAGCUUUCAAGACACUUAUCGACAUUUCUCCUUAUCGGAUUGUGUUUGGAAAGGCUUGUCAUCUACCAUUUGAGCUUGAGCAUCGUGCACAAUGGGCCAUUAAAAGGCUGAAUUUUGAUUUGAAAGCUUCGGGAGAGAAAAGACUUCUCCAACUUAAUGAGUUAGAAGAAAUUUGUCAUGAAGCUUAUGAAAAUGCACGGAUUUAUAAGGAGCGAAUGAAAAAUUGGCAUGAUAAACAAAUUCUUCGAAGGGAGUUUGUACCGGGAGAAAAGGUUAUUUUAUUCAAUUAUCGUAUUAAACUCUUUCCCAGUAAAUUAAAGUCUCAUUGGUCGGGACCGUUCACAGUUAUUCAAGUCUUUCCAUUUGGAGCUUUUGAGAUUCAAAGAGGUGAUGAACUUGCGUUCAAAGUAAAUGGCCAAUGGUUGAAGCAUUAUUUUGGAGCAGAAGUAGAGAAAAUGGCCAGCAUUAAGCCCGUUGAUGAGUCGUUUGGUAUUGAGAUGAAGUUUUGGGGAACUUGA